AGAGCGAAGUAGCUGUUUCCAUUAUAGUUUCAAGACAACUUGAUUCCUCUGCGUUGGAAUGUGUUUGCAGCUGUCAGAUGAACCGAUUCCUGCUAUCCUCAUUUUGACUUGCAAUCCAUUGGGUUUGUGCAGAGGAAGAAGUGCUGCAGCAAAUAUUCUUUCCAAACAAAAGAUUUUCUUUCCUUCCUUCUCAGGGGGGAUGGACUAUCCUAAAAACACGCAGCUUUGUAUGUAAAUAUAUGCAAGCUGAUUAUAGGCUGGAACACAAGCCAAGGUUUGAGUGAGCCCAAGGGUGUUUCACAUUAAAAUGUGAAGCCUGACAGGAUCAGUGCGUCUAACUUAAGACAGCUUCUUGAUUAGCAUGAGACUGGGUGGCUGCCUUGUUUCCUGCCCUUCAAUAGCUAUUCACUGUUUUCAAGGCGGAGAACUGUUCAGCGGAGGAGCUGUGGCAACUUGAGCAAACUAUACACGGUGGACUCACAGAAAGCAAAUGUUUGGAUUAAUUUGCAGCCUAGCCUCCCAAGCCGGCAGGAGCUAGUGCAUUAGAGAGGAAUAUACAUCUAUCCCUUAAAACACAUCACCACACACACAAAAGAAACAACUGGCAAACUGCUGAAGGAGGGCAAAAGGCAGACACCUCAGCCAUUAUGACCAUCUGUGUUUCCUGGAUUCUACAAGAAUACAGUUGCUGCUUCUUGUAGGUCAUAUGUGCUAGAUGUGUGAAUGAGACACAUGUACAUCCAAUAUGUAUGGAUAAGCUGUGGGUGCUGCUAACAGGAAGAUUGAUCGAAUGAUUACUGCAGCAGUGGUUUAGGAUGCUCCCAUGGAUUCUUGUCUUGGAUUCUGAUAGGUGAAGAAAAAUGACUUUCACUGUUAUCAAAGCGUCAUUCUAAUCCUGUGCAGUUGGAGAUUUGACAGUGCUUCCUACAGUUUCUGGGCGCUCUCUGUUUCGGGUCAAAACCAAAGGCAGUGGGGCUUUCCUAAUUUGUUUGGGUCUUUUUGUGUUCUGGCUCACACUUGACUAAGCACUCCUAUGCUGAAUUGAGCUAUUGUUUGGGAUCCCAGAGCUUUUCACGCUGCAAUCCCCUACCCCCUCACCCCCCCUUGCCUGAGAAGCCACAUAAUGUGCCUUUCCUCCACAUGAAUCUGGAAGCUAUAAGCUGGACUGAUUGCAAAUGAAGUGUAAUGCAUUGUGGGACGUGUGUAAAAAUUGGAUCAUUCGGGGGGGGGGGAGGGAAGGAACAGACCUGCAGUUUGCUUCAUAGAAGAGGUAGUGGCAAAAUGUUUGCAGAUUCUACCCAAGCUGUGCCUGUAGUAGACUAAUGAAACGAAGCGUCGCAAGCACGCCGUGAGGCCUGACUCAUGCCACUGCUGCUGGAGGAUUAGACUGCAGGUAGCCUCAAAAUGAAGAAGACACGGAGUACAACCUUACGGCGAGCCUGGCCUAGUUCAGAUUUCUCCGACCGGGCCUCAGACCGCAUGAGGUCCCGCAGUGAAAAGGACUACCGACUGCACAAACACUUCCCACCAGCUUUUAUUGCCCAGGCAUCACGGGGCUACAUGACAUCAGGUGAUGUAUCACCAAUCAAUAUGUCUCCCAUCAGUCAGUCACAGUUUAUCCCACUUGGGGAAAUCCUUUGCUUGGCCAUCUCAGCAAUGAACUCUGCACGAAAACAAGUCACGCAAGAAGCACUAAUGGAACACCUAACAACCUGCUUCCCAGGCGUGCCAACUCCCAGUCCUGAAAUUCUUCGACAUACCUUGAACAUGCUUGUACGAGAGAGGAAAAUAUAUCCAACUCCAGAUGGCUAUUUCAUCGUGACCCCACAGACUUAUUUUAUAACCCCAUCCCUCAUAAGAACUAACAGUAAAUGGUACCAUUUGGAUGAGAGGAUACCUGACAGGUCUCAGUGUACCUCUCCACAACAAGGAACUAUAACUCCCUCCACCUCAGGCUGUGUCAGGGACCGAACUUUACCCAAAAACCACUGCGACUCUUGCCAUUGUUGCAGAGAAGACAUGCACAGCAUGCAUGCGUCCACCCUACAGAGGAAAUCAGCAAAAGACUGUAAAGAUUCAUAUUGCCCUCCUUCUCUGUGUCAGGUACCACCCACUGAAAAAAGUAAAAGUACUGUAAAUUUUUCUUAUAAAGCAGAGACACUCUCAAAGCCUAAAGAUGUAGAAAAGCAGUCUAAAAAAUUUGGACUAAAAUUGUUUCGGCUAAGCUUUAAAAAGGAUAAGGCAAAACAGCUGUCCAAUUUCUCUGCCCAGUUUCCUCCUGAGGAAUGGCCCUUGAGGGAUGAAGACACCCCUACCACUAUACCUAGGGAGGUAGAAAUGGAGAUUAUUAGGCGCAUUAACCCAGACUUGACUGUGGAAAAUGUAAUGAGGCAUACUGCACUAAUGAAGAAACUUGAAGAAGAAAAAGCUCAAAGAAGCAAAGCUGGAUCUUCAGUUCACCAUAGUGGGCGAAGUAAAAAGAGUAGGAAUCACAGAAAGUCUCAUGGAAAAUCUCGGUCACACAGCAAGACCCGGGUGUCCAAAGGAGACCCUUCAGAUGGUUCCCAUUUGGAUAUACCAGGUGAAAGAGAGUAUGAGUUCUAUGAUCCCCUUACUAGGUCCCCACGGGAAGGCUGUUUCAUAAUAGAACACAAAGGAGACAAUUUUAUCAUGCACAGCAAUCCUAACGUGAUUGAGUCUCACUUUCCCAUGACACCAGAAUGGGAUGUAUCUGGUGAACUGGCCAAAAGAAGAACUGAGAUGCCUUUUCCUGAACCUUCAAGGGGAAGCUCCCACUCCAAGGUCCAUCGAAGCCACAGCCAUACACAAGAUAGAAGGUCAAGGAACGAGAGGUCUAACAAAGCCAAGGAAAGGUCUAGAUCAAUGGACAACUCUAAAGGACCUCUGGGUUCUGCUACUUUAGGUACACCUGAAGACGUAGCUGAAGGAUGUAGCCCAGAUGACCAAACAACAAGCCAAGCAUAUAUUGAUGACAGUACCUUAAGGCCUUCGCAGUCACUCAGCCAUCAAAGGGCUCUGAUUUCAUCUGCAAAUUAUAAAGAUGUGUGUGUACCCGAAAUAGUUAGUGGCAAUGUAGAAACCCCCAAUUCCUGCGGCUUAUUGGAACAAAUCAAGCCUACAGAGAAUUUACCAUCUUAUAGUGAGCUCAACUCCUGCACAACAAAAUCGGCAAUUGAUGAUUAUUUUCAAUGCAACACUUCAAGUGAGACUGUACUUACUGCUCCAUCACCACUGGGAAAAAACAAAGAGGACCAUGACUCAGUGACUUUAACAGAUGGAAUAAAAAAACUUUCUCCCUCAGAAAGACAGUCCCAACACAUAGCCAGAGAACCUGGGGUGCACAAAGAGGAAUCCCCUAAAGGGCCAUGUAGUGGUCCAGUUGCUGGCCAGCCCCCUGAGGUGAUCGCAAAUGGGCGACUAGUUCAGCACCAUAACACUGAAUCAAGCAGCCUGGACAAAAGGAAAGAAAUAUUUAGCAAAGAUACACUUUUUAAACCUCUGCACAAUACACUCUCUGUGAAUAGCUAUCACAAGUCCAGUGUGCCCCUACUAAAACCCCAUCAAAAGACACCCUCUGACACAUUGCCAGUCAGAUGUGAGAAACUUGAACAAGCUAUAGUAACCCCAGUUACACAAGUUUUACCUGCUUCACAGAGACAGCAAGAGCCGGUUGGGAACCAGGAAGCCACCUUUGAUUAUUACAAUGUUUCUGAUGACGAUGACUCAGAGGAAGGAACAAACAAAAAUGCUGAGGAAGAAAAAAGCAGGGAUGAUGUGGGCACUAUGCAGUGGCUGCUUGAGCGGGAAAAAGAAAGGGAUCUGCAAAGAAAGUUUGAGAAGAAUCUCACUCUUCUCACCCCCAAGGAAACUGAAAACAGCAGCAACCAGAGAGCCACCCAUUCAGCUCGACUGGACAGCAUGGACAGCAGCAGCAUUACUGUAGACAGCGGGUUCAAUUCGCCACGUACUCGCGAGAGCCUGGCUUCCAACACUUCAAGUAUUGUUGAAAGUAACAGACGUCAGAACCCAGCCCUGAGUCCUGCACAUGGUGGCGCAGGUCCAAUGUUCAACUUUCGAGCAAGUGCAGACCCUCCAACAAGUGAAGCUGAAAAACUGCAGAAACCUGCUAACUGCCUACAAGCUUCUGUUACUAGUGUUUGAUAGUCAUUCUGCCUCAGCUCUUCUGUCUCAUCCUAUACAGCAAAGUUUACGACACUGGGACUGAUGUUUACAUCUUUGGAAAAACGAGCAUCUCAUCCACAGUUUUGGUGUUUACUUAAACUGUGCUGCUAUGUAGGGACAACAAAGAAAUCUUUAUUUCAAGGUAUUGCUUUUCACAUUUGCAGCUCUGUAGCAACAGAAUAGCAGUAGGGAUAAUAUGUACACCUUAGCUUCACUUAAUUGUAACUGAGCACAUAUAUGAAAGUCUAGACACUGUAAGUGUAAUCUGCAUUUUCAAUGUCCAUGCAGUUGCCAACUCCAUUUAAAAAUGCCACAGAUGUGUGAUGCCCCCUGUGAGUGGUUAAACUCGGCCACAGAGUUGAUCCUUUUAUUUCAGAAAUUGAGCCACCACUAAAAAUAAACAGCUCGGUCACCUUGAGGAAAAAGAAAGCCAAACAUGACUAGUAAAGACCUCAGCUCUAUCUGUGAAUUAUUUAUAUAUCAGUCAUUUUCACUGUGAGUUUUCAUGACACGAUUUUGCAAGAAUCUAUAAAAGCAAGUCAAAAGAGGUCAUGUUUUAAGUAUGUGGGGUGGGUAAAGGGGAAUUGCUGUAUUUUAUUUUUUUGUUUCAAAAGUAUAUGAGAUGCUUGUCUAAAACUUACUACGUUAACCUUCCAUAAUUGCAAACAGAGUUGUAGGCCUUUGAAUUCAGGUGAAAGGAGGGGAAGUCUAACUAUGGUUGAGGCAAAGCAAAUAGUGACAGAAAAGGCGUAACAGGUUUUUUUAGUAUAAAUCAAAUAUUUAAGGAAGGUGAUCUCAUUGGUGUGGCACGUCUGAUAUUCCAACGUGCUGUUAAUGUGAGAAUCAGAAUAACAAAUUUGUUUGAACAAAAGAGAAGUUCUUUGUGAUACAAAUGACAAGCAUGGCCUGAAGAGUUGAUUUCUUUCUAAUGGAAGGACAUAAUUCUAUUUUAUAUAGCUUUUAAGUAGAGUGCCUAAAUUAGGCUGUUGAAAAUAGCGUGCAUUGUAGUGGUUAUCAAAGGAGACAUUUAGAGAAGUAUAAACUUCAGGCCUUUUAGUCAAUGGGCGUUAUUUACAAUUCAGCAUUUUAUGGACAUGAAUAGCUUUUAAAAUUACAUAUGAUUUGAAAUUAAAUGUGUUCAUAUGGUUGGUCGAGAAAUCCUAAUUCUGCAGGUGUGGUGUAUCUUAUUUGUACUCCCUUAAAUUGUUAUUCCAAAGUAAUUUAUGCUAAAUUGAUUACUCCAGAGUAAUUCUUACAGAUAGGCAAACUCCACUAGUAAUUUUUAGGUAUAAAGGGCCAAAUUCUGCUCUGUUACAUAUGCAAACAUAUACUGCAGCAAACUGUCUCCAAAAGUUCCCACAUUUGCUAUUUUAUCAGAACUGGAAGAAAAAUGAAAACAUUAAGAAGAAUGUUCAGCAACGUAAAUACUUACAUUGCCUUUUAUUGGUACCCAGGUGUUACACCCAACAGUACAUAUUAAAAACCAACAUUUUCUUAAGUUUCUGGUGACAUGUAUAACUUGUAUAAACCAUUUGAGCUUCACUCAUGUUCUGUAUUGCCAUCAGAAUUCUUUAGUAAAGAUACAGCUGUAUAUUACACAGUUGAAUAUAGCUUACAUACUUAUGAAAUGGCUUUAUAACUCUGGACACAAUUGGUUUCUGAUUCUGUCAGUAUAUCAUAUAGAACCUAUUUCUAUAAUGCACACAUCUAACUGUUUUUCUUAUUUUUAUGUAUAAAUUCCAUUUCAUCAGAGCAAUAAGACCUUUCAGUGCACAUAAGGGAAAUUAUUGUGCUUCUUGGUUGGUUAAAGUCACUUGGCCCUUAGCCUCCUGCCUUAUCAUGCCUUCCAAGCCAUGCUAUCAUGACCCAAUAAUACUUUGCCUGUCCCAUCUUAUUGCUUAAAUAUGUAACUUCAGGAUUGCUUAUUACAUGCAGACUCGAGUCUUUUUUGUGAGGCGUCAUUAUAUAUGAUACAGUGGCUGACUGUGAUUUUUGUUUCUGAGAUAUGCUCUGAUGUUAGUAGUAUGUAUCAAUUCAGUAAAUAAAAAUGUUUGAACAAUAUCUUAACUUAUAGCUGAUUAUCUGAAAGUACAAAUUGCAGUAUUAAAAUGUGAACAGCAAAGACAAACUUUACCUUUUUGGGGAAAACAUUUUCUUUGUUAUAAACUUACUAAAAUUUAUACAGGUAGUUGACUGUACAGAAGACCUCUUUGCAGAGAAAUAUCAUAGUAUCUACUUAAAAACUGUAUGGUAUGUGAUUUCUGAAAGUUCCCAUAGACCAGCGGACAACAUAAAAUGUCAUAUUAAUGUUAACAUGGCAUACUACCUGUAUUAAUGUGAUUCUCAGAAUAUGGAAUGUAAACAGAUGUUUCAAAUAGAAACAUUCUGAUCUAGAAUUCUUUUAAAAAAAAAUCAACAAGGGAAUAUAAAGAAAUUCCGUCGUGAGGUUCUGGUAACAAAACCACGGGAGUGGAGCUUGAGUCCUUCAAUGAAAUUAUAGCCUUGUAUUACGUGGUUGCUUAUCUGUCAUUCUUCUUACAAUUUAAAGGUUUACAGAAUUAGUUUGAAUCUCUGUGUUGUGUCAACUUUAAAGGGUCAACACAAAUCUGUCGGCAUUUUGCACACUUUAAUAUGUAUUAUUAUAAUACAACGUUACUUGUAUGGUAAUUUUUUUUACAUAUAUAACUACCUCCAUGAAUUUGAUGAAAUGCAGCAACAUUAAAAAAAGUGUUUUGUAAAAAGCAAGGUUAAAAAAAUUCUGAAUCAUUAGGUCAUGGUGUUCUCUUGUGUGUCAGUGCUUGCAUACAAAGUCAUUAUGUUUUCAUUGCCAUGAUUUCCUUUUACUCUAUUAAAUUGGGCUUUCCGUUUAAUAAUUUGAGAUUUUGACGAGGCCACAUAAUUUUGUUAAUGGUGGACGGAAGCCUAAUAACUUCCAUUGUCUCGCCAUUAUUGCUAAAGUUUUUACCUGGUAGAAAGUCAAAAUGAUCAUUAAAGCAACGCAGACUAGUCUCUAAGGUGCCACAAGGACUCUGCGUUGCUUUUACUGAUACAGAUUAACAGGGCUACCCCUCUGAAAAUGAUAGUUGUAAUUUAGCAGAUCAUUAACACCUACAGUAUAUGAAAUAUGAUUGGCAGUUUGGAGUUUAACAGAAGACACACCAGGUAUUUUUUUUGCCAACCUUCAAACACUUUGGGCCCUAUUCUGCCUUCACUUAUGCCAACAUAUCAAAUCAGAACUUCUCUUGGAAUGGCAGGAGCUAUGUGCUAUCCAGCUCUCAUUUAAAUGAUGCGCACUUCAUUUUCUAAAUCCCAUGCAUCUCAGAUGCUUGCUUCCAUUGAAAUUAAUUAUAAAACUUUAAUUGACUUUAUUGAGAUUUGUAUCAGGGUCCCUAAGUAAGAUGUAUACAGAGGUGCCCAUCCUGCAAAGAACCUGGGCAGACUUCCAAUAAAAAGGGGGUUAGCUGUAGAGUAAUAGCCAAUUACAAGUUGCCUUUUUUUAAAAUUAGGAAAUUUUCAAAAACCAAGGAAAAUAAGUGGAAGAUGCCCCUUAGCAGCUCUAAUUUAUGUUCAAAACCUGAAUUUAUUCAAGCAUACAGAAUACCAAUACCAUUAUUCAGAUGUAAAUUAACAUACAAUCACUAGAUGAGCCAAUUUUGCUGUGUAAGUAUUUUAAUUAAAAAAAAGAGAGAGAGUAGUACCCAUUUGACUCCACAGAGCAAUGUAAACACCCACAUGGUAGAAAGUAAGGCUAGGUCUACACUACCCUCCUGAAUCGGCGGGUAGAAAUCGAUCUCUCGGGGAUCUAAUUAUCGCAUCUCGUCGGGACGUGACAAUCGAUCCCCGAAUCGACGCUCUUAGUCCACCAGCGGAGGUGGGAGUAAGCACCGUCGACGGGGAGUUGCGGAGGUCGAUUUUGCCGCCGUCCUCACAGUGGGAUAAGUCGGCUCCUAUAGGUUGAAUUCAUCUACGCUAUUCGCGUAGCUGAAUUUGCGUAUCUUAAAUCGACCCCCCCCCCCCCCGUAGUGAAGACCUGCCCUCAUUCUCACCCCCAUUCAAACAGUAAAAUCUAUUUGAAAACAAAGUUUUUGAUGAAAACCUCAACCUUAUUGCUGGUGAUGGUAGUUUAUUUUUUGAAAAAGUAAGAUCAUAAACAGUAUUUGGAGCCCAUCAUAAACUGAUAAUAUUUUCCACUUAUAUUUCAUGCCUUUUACCUGAGGAUCUCAAAGCGCUUCGCAAACCAUUAAUUAAGCAUCACAAGCUUGUGAGGUAGGGAAAUUUCAUUAUCCCUAUUUUACUCACUGACUUAUUGAAACACAGAAAGGUUAAGUGACAUGUCCAAGAUCACACAGAGUCAACAACGUGAUUAUCAGAUUCUUUAUUUCAUUUGAGUCAUGACAAUAGGUUUAAUGUUUUAAUAUUUAACCAAAGUGCUUAAUGUUUACACUAUAACGAUAUUCUUCUGAGGUGUUACAGUUCUUAAAGUAGGAGAGAAACUACUUUAUAGUCCUGCACUGGACUUCGAUAUUGAAAGUGCCAAAAAUGUUCACAUUUCAGCAAUAGGGCUGCUGCCAGUAGUGGUUUCAGAAAAGUCAAUUUUAACUAAAAACUUGUUUUUCAAAUACAUUUUACAGGGCUUUCCCCAAGGUGAUGCUUCAAAUUGCUAUACUGAGUAAGUGGAGGGUCUUCUUUUGAUCUAGAGUCACACCAUAGUUUACAAUCCUCUCUGCUCCUCUGAAGAAGACAAUAUAGUAUUAAAGAGAAAUGCUGCAAUUUUUUACUUAAUUCCUUUAAACAUAUAUACUUAAAUGUUACCCAUAAUAACAUACAUAAUUUAAUUAGUCUAUAGUUUAUUAAUGCAUCAGAAUUUCCUUUUUAUAUACAACAUGCCCAACUGGAAUUAUUGAAGUGCCACUGUUGUGAAAGGAGAAUGGGAUUAUCACCUUUUUUUGGUAGCAGCAUUUCAAAUUUUUACUUCAGUUACACAGGUGUAUAUCUGGAAUAACUUUACUGAUUUACACUGAGAUCAGACUCAAUCCUUAACUCCAUUGAAGCUUUGUUCUAAGCUGAGGGUUUUUGUUUCCCUUCCCUGGGUUAAAUAUGUAGAAGAGGCAGAAGGCCACUCACACUUGGAUUUGAAAAUAUGACUUUGUUUGAAUAAACAGGUGUUUCUCCCAUGACUAUAUAUGAAAUCUGUAGUGAAAUGCACAGUCAGCAAGCCUCCUGCCCCCGCGCCUGGAUGCUAAUGCACAACCAUCUGUUUUGCACAGUGGAAGGUCAAAUCUCUGUUCAGUAUAAUGCACUCAUCAAGCUGUACAGUGGAUAAGAGCCACCCAAAGGAUGCCCAUGUGAAAGUAUGAAAGGUCUGAACAGGGCUCUUAGAGUAAUUGGCACAGAUGUUACUUUUAUACAUAGAGGAGACUUACGUUUAAAGGGAUCAUAAUUCUGCAGGUAACUUUCUGUGGGUGACUGAAUGUGACUGUCGCAUUAGGUUUAAAUGAGUUAAUAAAUGCAAGUGGGACUUACUGUAUGUUAGAAGGGAGUUUUGCAGCCAAGACUGCCUUGUAUAAAUGUGUUUGCACUGAAAAUAAAUUUUAAAAAUUACUUGGUCUCUGGUUGCUGUAAAGGUCAUCCAAGAUGGAUGUUCUGUUUAUAUUGUAUAGUAUUUCAUAUGAAAUAAUUACAGUUCAUAAAAUGUCUUCCCUAAUGUUACUGAUUUAUAACAGCACAUUUGUAACAUGGUUUUUAUUGUGUCAGUGUACCAUAUUGUAAAUGAUGAUUACUUGUCAUGCUUAGUAUAAUAAUUUAAAGGAGAAAAGGACAGGGAUUUUUGUAAGUCUAUAUAUUUGAAAGUCCCUCCAUAUGGUACUGUUGUGUACAUGUUGUUUACGUAGUGUUGUGUGAAAUAUCCAUUUUGGAUUGUGUUACUUUUUAAGAUAUUAAAUAACAUUUGGUUA